AUGCCAUUGCACCCCUCGAUGCGUUUAAAUUUGAAGGCACCUCGUGAUCAUGAUGAUCACCCAGCUGGUGUUCAGCCUCGCGAGGAUGCAGUGACACUUGACAGGUACAAAAUUGAUGAGGUGAUUGAUACUACGGUGGUCAAGGAGCACCCUGAUAUGCCAGGAGAGAAGUUGUACUAUGUGGACCCUGCCCCUGCUGCUGCAUCCACAUCUUCUGAUUCCAGCUCAUAUUCGGAUUCGGGCUCGGAAGAUGAGGCAUCUCCAAAGGUACUGAUAGGAAGCAAAGCUGCCAAGCAAGUUCCACCACCCACACCAGUGGAUUCGGAGACUGGAGGCAAAGCUGCAAAGCAGGUUCCACCACCCACAAUGGUGGAUUCGGAGACCGGAGGCAAAGCUGCAGAGCAGGUUCCACCGCCCACAGCGGUGGGUUCGGAGACAGAAGGCAAAGCUGCAGAGCAAGUUCCACCACCCACACCAGUGGAUCCGGAGAUGGGAGGCAAAGCUGCCAAGCAAGUUCCACCACGCCCAGUGGUAGAGGUGGCAGGCAAAGCAGUUGGAGAGCAAGUUCCACCACCCACAGCAGUAGAGAUGGGAGGCAAAGCAGUUGGAGAGCAAGUUCCACCACCCACAGCAGUGGCGACAGAAGCUAGAGUUGGUGACCCCAUGCUGGUGGAUCAAGUCCAGGAUCCCAGUAAAGGCAAUUCUGCGAGCAAGGAUCCAGCUGAGGUUGAAGCGAUUUCUUCAGAGGAGGAGGGGGCGAAUCUGAAAGGAGCGUUCAAGGAUCGGAAACCGUUGGAGAGCGACCCGGCCAAGCUGUCGGAAGAAUUGGUCAAGGCUACUUUAGCCACUUUAACCUUGAUGGGGAAGGAUGCUUCGGUGGAUAUCUUGCAGGCGCAAAGGAAGGUCAGAGAUGCUUUGAAGAACCUGCAGGAACAGCCAUCUGACCCUGCCAGAGAGGAAACUGUGGCUCCGCCUGCGACAAAGAAACGAAAAAAGGAAUCGGAGAAGCCUACUUCGGACCAGGUGAAGCUCCCUGUGGAAGAGGAACAACUCUUUGUCCCAGGGGCUGAUGAGAAGGGGGUCUUGCAAUACCUCACGAAGAGUUCACUGCUCCCUGUGCCUGAAGGGGCGCCGUUGAAGAAAAGCUUUUGUGUAUCACCACCCCAGAACUCAUCGGCUGCCAUCAAGUCGAUCGAAGUGAAGUUCUUGGGGAGUACUGCCAGUUUCUACCCCAAGAAGUGUGCUGAGCACAUGGUGCCCAAGCUUCAGUCCCUGAGCCUCUGUGCGGAUAAGAAGGGCGGCGUUCACAUUGCCAUGAGAAAGCAUGGGGUGGCGAACGGGUGGCAACUUGCGCAAAGAGUUGCUGGCUGGACAGUGGAAGAGACGCGUGAAGGUCUUUCUCCAUAG